GUAUCAAUUCUGUGUCCCUCAGUAACAAUUCUGUGUCCCUCAGUAACAAUUCUGUGUCUGUCCCUGAGUAACAGUUCUGUGUCCCUGAGUAACAGUUCUGUGUCCCUUAGUAACAAUUCUGUGUCCCUAAGUAACGAAUUCUGUGUCCCUAAAUAACAAUUCUGUGUCCCUCAGUAACAAUUCUGUGUCCCUCAGUAACAAUUC